AUGCAAAUUGCAGAACACACUCUGAUUCAAAUACCCAUCGAGGCACCUUGGUGCUGGCUGGUGACUGCUGACCGCUGGUUGUUUAAAUUGCCCGACCCCCGCCGUUUUUCUCUCCACAAAAUGUUUCCUCCUCAACCCGCCGCCCUCGACUGGGCGAAUGUGGGCUUCCAAGUGCGCGAUGUCAAUGGCCACGUGGAAUGCCACCUCUCUCUCUCCGGCAACAACAAGUGGUCCGCGCCGCGCUUCGUCGCCUCGCCCUUCCUGUCCAUCCACGGCAUGGCCCCAGGCCUGAACUACGGACAGCAGGUAUACGAGGGCCUGAAAGCAUUCCGGCACGCCGAAAACAAGAUCACCAUCUUCCGGCCCGACCGCAACGCAAAGCGAAUGCAGAACUCAGCCGAGGUGGUCUCCAUUCCGCCGGUUCCUGAGGAGCUAUUCCUCGAGUGCGUGCGCCUGGCCGUGGCCGCGAAUGCAGAGUUUGUGCCGCCGCACGAGUCCGGCGCUGCCAUGUACGUCCGGCCUGUGCUGUUCGGGUCGUCCGCGCAGCUGGGGCUCAGCCCCCCGGACGGAUACACGCUGGCGGUCUUCGCGAUGCCGACUGGUGUGUACCACGGGGCGCACGCCGUGAACGCGCUGAUCCUGGAGGACUUUGACCGAUGUGCACCGCAUGGCACGGGUGCCGCCAAAUUGGGAGGCAACUAUGCGCCGGUGCUGCGGCAUAGCGACCGCGCGCGCCGCGAAGGGUUUGGAAUCACGCUGCAUUUGGACAGCGCGACCCGUAGCGAGGUCGACGAGUUCUCGACGUCGGCGUUUAUUGGUGUGAAACGGGACGGAGACAAUAUCACCGUUGUGCAGCCCGACAGCCGCAAUGCCAUUGAUUCCGUGACGGCGGCGUCCGUCGGCGAGAUUGCGCAGAAGCUUGGGUACCGCGUGGAAAAGCGCCGCGUCGGGUAUGAGGAGCUCAGGCAGUUUGAUGAGGUGAUUGCAGCGGGCACUGCAGCCGCGUUGGUGCCGGUGGGUAGUAUCACGAUGCGCUCGCGUGGCGACAAGUUCGAAUACCACUCCGGAUCCGAAGGCCAGGGCGGCGAGGUCUGUAUCAAGCUGCUGCAAACACUGCGAGGAAUUCAAUCCGGGGCCAUUGAUGAUACUUGGGGAUGGAACUAUGAGGUUCGAGCCCCGCCUGAAGGAUGGGUGGAAGAGGGCAAGACCGAGAAAUAG